ACCGGAUAUGGGAGCAUCUGUGUCUUGACAAGAGCUAUGUUUUGCUUUUAUGAGUCGUUCUAACGUUUCUUAAUUUUUUUGUUUUUUUUGUUUUUUGUUAUUUCUGAAUGCCUGGUUCGGCAACAGACUGCCGUAACCAAUGCUAAUAGAGAUGCUUUUAUGAACGUGAUUUUAAAUUGCUGCUGCCGUUCAAAACAAUCAAACAAAGUACGAGGCUCGUUGUUUCAGCAACACGGAAAACGUUUUAUUAUAUUUUUUUGAAUUAGAUUCCCCCCCCCCCCACAAUUAAAAUAGUCUUGUCAGUCUCUGGAAUUAUAUAUUUUAUGUUUUAAUCCCCCCCCUCUACUGCCUCUGCUCGGAAUUCUGGGCCAGUGGAUCAAGAUGGAGGCUACCGAAGCAUCCGCCCACGCUCUCCUCCAGCAACCGUGGCUUCCUGUCAUCAUCGAUGGCACCCACCUCCUGGCCAAGAGCUCCUUUGGGGAGACGAUGUACCACAUCCUUCUCACUGACCUUCAUAGCGUGUGGGAAGAGACGAUGCACUCAGCUGCUAUCCAGAGCCGCGCUCAGGAGCUGAACAAGCGUUUGGAAGCCCCUGUCAAAGCGUUCUUCUCGCACUUGUGCGAGGUGGUUCGACCCAGUUUGUCGGGCAGCAGUCAGCCACCCGAAGGCGAAGCUGGCAUCUCUGUGAUGCAACUGAAUGAAGGCAGCUUAAACCUGAGGCUGAAGAGCAAGCUCGCAGGUCUGCCGUUCUAUUGGGAGUUUCGCUGCACUCCUGCUCCCAUCAGCGUGGUUUGUCUUCAUCUGGUGCAGCCCUUGUUAUCUAUGAGCCACGUGCUGCACCAGAAGGUGGAGCAACUGGAAGAUUUGCUGCUCAGGAAGGAUGCUGAGAUCCAGGACUACAAAGAGAAUGGAGGCACACUCAGCAGAGCACGCUUGCAGACGGACAUUUUUGAGCGGCACACCUUCAAAGGCGACUUCCUGGCAAAGACUCUUCCUGUGGUCUGUUCUGAGCGUCACGGUGUCCGAGACUUCGGAGGCGACCUUCAGGAGCUUUACACUGCGGUGGCUGGGCAAGGAAAUUCGCGCAAGCGCAAACUGUCUGAGCCGGACGCUUUAGUUGCCAAAGGUCCUGACCACACCAUUUCCUCAGGCGCCGAGGAAAAUGAAGCUGUCAGCGAGCAGAAUCACACCAGUCCAGUGGAGGAAGCAGGAGAUCACAUAAUCCACACAUCUUCAGCAAAGCAGCAGUUGGUCACCUGCGGCCGUGCUGAACGAGUGGCGUCCAAAGCAAAGAAGAAGAAAGCUGUGGGAUUGUUUAGAUGAACGCCAUUGUCAAAAAACAAUUUUUUAAAGGGAAUUUUUAAUUGAGUUACUUUUAAAAAAUAUUUUAAUCUUUUAGACUUAAUGUUAAUAAACUAUUAUUAUGAUUUUUAAAAUGGGAAGUAGGCCUUUUUGUGAGGAUUCAUAUGUAAAUAAAUGACUUUUCUAUUGAAUCAAACAAGAAGUCAAAAUCUUUGAUUUACUGAAUCAGCCGCAGAAAAUGUUUACAACAGCUACGCGAUCUCAACGCAAAUUGUAGGUAUUUUGUAUAGAACAGUGGUUCUUAAGCUGAGUUCGAUCAAACCCCUGGGGUUCGGUAUAAAAGUCUAAGGUAGGGGUGUCCAAACUUUUAGCAAAGGGGGCCAGAUUUGGUGUGGUAAAAAUGGGGGGGGCCAACCUUGACUGACGUCCUUUACGUAGAACAAUAUAUUUAAGCAAAUUUUAGCAAUCCAUUAUGUGUGUCACAUUUGCUUUUUUUUUUUUUUUUAAUUAAUUAAACAAUUUCGCAACCAUCCUAUGUGGCGUUCUCUUUCGACUCUUGGGCUCUUGUGAAAUACUGCUGCUGAAAAAUUAAACUAGCUUCAAGUUGCUUCAAUUUCUCGCUUCAUAUCUUCCUUGUAAUCUUGUCAUACAUGUCAGCGUGUCUUGUUUGGUAAUAUCGCCUCACAUUGAACUCUAAAAAGCUUCAACUGUCUCUUUGCAAAUGAGGCAGACACAGUUGUUGCGUAUUUUAGUGAAGAAAUAGUUCAAUUUCCACCUAUCCUUGAAGCGUCGGCCGUCACAGUCAACUUUUUUUUUGUUUUUUUGUUGAUUGACGCCAUUUUAGAAAAUUGGGAGUAAAAGGUCACACGGGGUAAUGUUGCUUAGAGUGCUGCUGCCUUUUUGUGGGUAAAUGAGGAGCAGCAUUUAGUGUGUACGCUACUUCAUAUGCUGGUAGCAGUACUGCUGACAAAUUUAUUAAGUCUGUGUUCGGCCCAGAUUUUAUUGAUUAUAUGACAGAGGCUGGGGGGCCGGAUGAAAUUUGACCACGGGCCGCAUUUGGCCCCCGGGCCGGACUUUAGACAUGUCUGGUCUAAGGGGUCGGCGUACAUUGACUAAAGGCAAAGUGUCGUUUUGACUUACAGUAGUUUUAGACUGUGUUGCCCCAAUUUACAAGCUUACCGUAAUUCAGUUUCUUUCAACUGAGAGGAGAAUCUGGUUUGCUCAGUAGAAGGUUGACCCGUACUUUGUACGAGGAAGUAUAACCAAAAAAAAAAACAUUUCCGUCGAAUUUUACACUAUGAAAAUAUUAUGUGAUGCAAGGAUGCAAAACUAAAACAAGAAUCUAGACGUGAAAACAAUAUUCAUUUUCCAAAGUGAACAUCAACAGCAAAAGGCACAAUUAUUUGUAAUAUAUUUGAGAUUUGAGGUAAUUCGAAUGGGAAUUCACUCUUAUAUUAUAUAUUGGGUUGUUCUGAUCAUGUUUUUUUUGCUCCCGAUCCGAUCGUUUUAGUUUGAGUAUCUGCCGAUCCCGAUAUUUCCCGAUCCGAUUGCUUUUUUUUGCUCCCGAUUCAAUUCCAAUCAUUCCCGAUAAUUUUUCCCGAUCAUAUACAUUUUGGCAAAGCAUUAAGAAAAAAAUGAAUAAAACUCGGACAAAUAUAUACAUUCAACAUACAGUACAUAAGCACUGUAUUUGUUUAUUAUGACAAUAAAUCCUCAAGAUGGCAUUUACAUUAUUAACAUUCUUUCUGUGAGAGGGAUCCACGGAUAGAAAGACUUGUGACUUUGUAUAUUGUGACUAAAUAUUGACAUCUAGGGUAUUUGUUGAGCUUUCAGUAAAUGAUACUGCAGCCAUGCCCCAAUGCAUGAUGGGAAGUGGAACCAUGAUGGGAAGUGACUGUGCGUCGUGCUACCAAUGGAUAUAUUUUCUCUGCUUUGGGAAAUAAUUUAAGGUGUUAAGAUGAAGAUCAAUUGCCACCUUGUUUCCCCACAUUGCUUCCUAUGAUAUUUCUAAUCAUAGGGAGAGGGAUUGCAAGGCUUUAGCCAAUUGAAGAAAGGCACCAAAGGCUGCCAAAAUUCACUCUACUCAUUUAGCGCUGCCUUUUAUCUCUCUAUAAAGGUAAAACGGCGUCAUUACAGAUUGAGCCCAACAAUGAGUGAGAGGGUCGUGCAGCGCAUACAUUAAUUGCGUUAAGUAUUUUAACGUGACAAAUUUUUAGUAAAUUAAUUGCCGCCGUUAUCGGGAUAUUUUUGAUAACCCUACCUUAAGCCUAAAUUAAAGACUCUGGAUGAGUGUAACAUAUUAUGUCUGUAACGUUAAAUACAAUUAGAAAACGAUUUAAUUAAAAAAAAAAAAAUAUAUAUAUAUAUAUAUAUAUAUAUUAAAAAAAAGCAUGGUCGAUAUUUUUUGCCGAUUCCGAUACGUUGAAAAUGACGUGAUGCCCAUCGAUCGGGACAUCUUUAAUUAUACAGUAUAUAUAUCAGUUUUGAAUUAGAAAAAUUUUACUUCAUUAUUAUAUUAUUGUGGGGUUCAUUACUCUUAGCAAGUUUAAGAACCACUGGUCUAGAACUAGAAAAAAAACAUUUAUUGCAAGUGUUUGGAAAUGCUUUUAUGCUAAUGUUGACUUUUUGCUCAAAAACUGUGAUAAUUAGUGUGAAUGUGUAAAGUCUCAACUCUCAAUCCAUGUAGUAUUAUGUUGUAGGUGAAUGAUGUGAAUCGGCAAACCUUGACCCUUAUAUACGAGUGUAUCAAUAGGGUUUAAUGGAAAGUGUUAAAAAAAAAAAAGACUACUAAUGGAGAUUUUUUUUUGUGGGUCCAAGAUUUAAUGGGAGCCAAUGGGUAUUAAUUUUUAUUUGGGUCCUGUUUCAAUGUCAAAUGGACCCAAAUGGAGAUUUGUUUGUUGGUUGGAGAUUUGGAGUUCAAUUUCAAUCAAAGCUAAUGUGGAGUUUUGUUAGUCCAAGAACAUUGACCAUGGAGUCAAAUGGUCCAAUGUAUGUUUUUUGGGGGGGUGGGCAAGUGGAUUUUCACCCCGAAAUGUUUUAAAGAAGAACAAUCAAAAUAUUUUAAAGCUGGAAUGUUUGGGGGGGAAAAAUCAUCCGAAGAAUGUUUUUGUGGUUCCUCACUGAAUGUCAACGGGAAUUUAAUGGGAAGUUAUUGGUCAAAAAUAUUUUUUUUCACAGAUUUUUUUGAGGAGAUAUCGAAACCGAAAAGUAUUACUUGAUGCAAACAAAUUGUAAGUUUUAUGAACAAGUUUGCUUCAAACUGUUAAUUGCCACUCUCACUUGAAGUUUAUUCUCAAACUAAACAGUAAACAAAGAUAAUUACGCAUGGUCCAUUUAUAUGAACAACUCCACAGGCUCCUCUGGCAUACAUUAGCCAAUUAGCAGUCAUUUAACAAUGUUGGUCUUUACCUCAUUUACUAGCAUCAUGAUGAUUAAGUCAAAUCCAUUUGAACUGGAUUGUUCAAAUUGAUUGGACGUCUAUUGCCAUCAAAGGCACUGAGAGUUAAGAAACAGCGACUGAACAAAAACGGUUCAACAGGUUCCACAUGCGCACUGUACCAAUACUCACUGGCGUCUAUAGUCUUAUAGCCUUUGUGAAAAAUGACUACAGUAAUUUUCAGACUAUAAGGCAUAUCUGACCAUAAGCCGCCACCCACCAAAUUUGACUCAAAAACGGCAUUUGUUUUUAGAUAAGCCGCACUGCAGUAUACUACACAGCUGUUCUCACUCUAUUAUGGGACAUUUAUACGAAAAGAUAUUAACCGCUAACACCUUAUUUGACAGCGGCAUCAUAAGAUUGUCAUGAAACCAAAUGAACCACCAUGAAGCUUUGAACCAAUUUGCUGCAAAGCGUCAUUGCUUCAAGAAGCUUCAUUUGGCCAUUACUACUUAUUUCUUCAAUUACUGUUCCAGUUCUUUGAUUAAUUGCUAGUUAUGGUAUUUUUGUAACACCUUUGAUAGUGGCGCCACCAUGCGUGCACUUUCAAACUAUGGCUUGAAAUAUUUACGUAAAAUGAAUGAUAACUGUCCAUUUUUGCUUUUAACCAAGAAUCUAGACUGUUUACGUUCAUAUCUAUGGAAAUUCUGCAAUAUAAGCAUUUAUUUACAAGAUUUUUUAACUUAAAAAACUCAGUUUCCUGAUGGCCGCCAUGUUGGAUUGCAAAAUACCGUAACUUCGGCUUGAAAUAUUUAAGUAAAAUGAACGAUAACUGCCCGUUUUUUUUUUUGCGUUGAACAAGAAUCUAGUUUUACAUUCAUAUCUAUAGAAAUUCUGUGAUUGAAGCAUUUAUUUCCAAGAUUUUUCAACUUAAAAAGCUCUGUGUUUUGUGACGGCCGCUAUGUUGGAUUUUGUAUCUCUACGCAUGACAUUUAAGUUGCUAAAAAAUGUAUAUGUUAAAUAAUGCUAUUGAUCCUGAAAAUAUAAGUGAUUAUCUCUGCAUUAGGUGAUUUUUGUGCACCUAGUGUAAAAUCUGACAAUUUUACAGCCAUUUUAAGUUUUGUUAUACUUAUACUGGUAUUUGGCGGAAAACACUCAGUUGACUUGAAGUUCCGCUCUGAGACCCCCAAUUUGGCCAAAUUUCAAAAUUGUCCUAUAUUCACGUGUGAUGCAUCAUUGAAAAGCUUAAAAUUUCAAUUUUCUGGGGGGGAAGAAAAAUUUUGAACAGGAGGGCAUUUAAAAAAAAAAAAAAAAAAAUUAACAGAUAAACCCUAUCUGGAGGUGACAACAGAAUUACAGACGCCAUGACUUUAACGUGAUAUUAUCGCGUACUUACCUUGUUUCGAUCCAAAAACCCCAUGUAGCAUGUAUCACUGAGUGUCAAGACACAGCUGUGAAUGGCCACAGCUGGAUUUUGGGGGGGGAUUUUAUGGGUAAAACAUGGUAAUAUAACAAGGAUCGCGAUGCAGAAAUCGCAGACAUCAAGGAGUGGUUGAGGUUUUCUUUUUCAUAUAUUUACCCUUUUGAAGGUUGUUUUUCAAUUUUUCUUUGGAUCGAUUUUUUAUCAUCUAACAUAUCGGAGAAAAUGCGAUAGUAACAAAAAAAAUGCAAUUAAGCGAUCGUUAUGCAGUAGAUAUCAGUGAUGUUUUUACAGACACCAUUUUUUUCAUUGUGACAUAAUUUGUUUAAAGGUUUCAAAUAUGCGAG